ACUAUUAUUAGUCAAAUAGCGCGUUGUUUCUCACUUCUAUGUGUUUUAAAAAGGCUUCUACAGGAUGUCGAUGUUAGAACAAGUCGACUGGUUGGUAACAGCGUCGCUAAUAAGCUAGCUGUUAGCAUAGCUUCCAAAGUACCGCUUGUAGUUGCUUAGCGACCCGAGUCCAGCAGCCGGUAGCUUGCUAGCUAGUUAGCUAGCAACGUAAGUACACUUUGUUUAUUACUGUAGCUGAGUAGAAGUAGUACUGAUCGUUAACUACACAGAAAGCUACACAGAAGUCCAACUUGUGUUCUUUGACUCGAUAAAACGACGGCGGUUAUCCACAUGAAAUCAAUCUGGUCAAAUAUAAACGUUUUGGUGAAAAUCUGAAGUUUGGAUGAUGCUAGCUAACUACCUGGAGCAACUAAAGGAGUUCACGCCGGUGUUAAUCUAAACGAAACGGGCUAACUGCUAAUGUUUACAGUGAAAAGCAUGUGUUGUAAGCAUAAACUAGAACCGAAGCCAAUCGACUGGAAGACAGCAGCACAAAAGCUCAUGCAGCCCUCAUCAAUGAGAUAACUAAGAGUGCACCUGAGUGACCCUGUUACGUCGGCAGCUGGGAGGCAGAUAGCCAGCACACCCACCGGCCUCGAUAUCGCCUCCUUAUCUGCCGUCGCUAGACCAAAUAGCCCUCGCAGUGUGCCAGCAGACACGACUCGGGUUACACUCCUGUCAGAUGGCGUUCUGCCUGGCUGAGCUGCACUUGUGGUCCACCAAGAGCUCACUCCAAGUUAAAGAUACAGAUAUUGGCACCUAUCAGUACUACGAUAAAGGAGAGCCAGCUAUUCCUCUGGAGCAUCACUACUACAAUGAGAAACUCCAGUUCUCUGAAGCUCGAGGCUAUUCGUGGACCCCCAGGAACCGCCGACCAGAAAAGCUCCGCGAUUCGCUGAAGGAGCUGGAGGACCUAUUGCAGACCAACACCUGCAUCCACACCAGAUGGAGGAACAAGCGCUGCUGCCAGCUGAUGCUGAGCAGUGGUGUGCUGGUGACACUGACCCUAAAUGGACCUCAGCUCGAACAAGUGUGUGUGGAUCGUACGUUAGUGGGCCGACUCCCAGCCAACACCAUGACUGAUGCGGUGCUGAGCGAGAGGCUGAUUCUGCUGUCCUUCCUGGAGCAGAGCCAAGUGGCUGCAGUCUACCUGAACAGAAAGAACCAGGACUCCCCAGAGACUGGCAGGCGAACAGACAAACUCUCACCCUCUGAAAUCAAGGUGAUGUCCGUGGAGGUGGGCGGACGAGGUCGAAGACUCCACAGACACGUGAGCCUCAACCGUCUCCAGGACGUGGCGCUCUGCUGGUGGAACCUGGACGAACCCGGUGAGGAGCCGUGGCCCUGGACUCCCACCAACACGCAGAGGAACAACCUGGCUCUGCUCAGCUGCUCUCCUACCGAAGGCCUCAAGGUCCUCAGCUCUGUCCGGACUGAAGGUCACCCCCUGGAUUGCCGCUUCAGCCUGCUGCAGCCCUACCAGGUGCUGACCGUAGAACUACCUGCAGGACCUCCAGGAUCCAGAGAAGGUUCCUGGGCCGACACCUGCACGUACGAAUGUUCACGAGGACGUCUGCACCGCCUGUCCGUCACCCGCAUCCCGCUCCCAUCCCGCCCCAUCUCCUGCUCCCGUCACCCCUCCGAGACCACGCUGCUCCUGGGCUUAAGCGACUCCUCCUUAGUCCUUUACGACCAGCGGCGGGGGGUCUCUCUCCUGGCCUCCUGCCCCGUGCCGCCCACCCUCCUCGCCUGGCACCCCGCUGGGGCUGUUGUCGUGGUGGGAGGGGGGCAGGAGGAGCUGAUGUGCUUUGAUGUGGGCUUGGCACCUGUGAGCGUGGCUCUGGUAGCCGAGGAGGUAGCUUCAGCUGCCACGUUAAGACUAGCUCAGCACCUGCGCUGCUCUGGAGGCCUGGCGGGACUGCAGUGGGGGAGUGGCCUGGACGGAGGCCCAGACGGGACAGAUAUGCUGACACUGGCCUUCCAUGGGGGACCGCUAGCUGCCUUGAGAUUCAGACUGGGAGCUCUUACUGGGGGCCAGAUGGGUCUGGGGGAGCUGCUGCAGCAGAGACUGCGCUGCGGUCAGGUCAGGGAGGCUCUGGGCGUCCUGGAGGCCAUGGACUGGAGCACCACGGGGGAGGAGUGCUACCGAGGCCUGGGCUCGGUCACCAACCACCUGCUGAGGCUGGAGCUCAACGCAGACAGAGAGGCCCAGCUAGAGGCAGCUCUGGGUGUGUUUUAUGCCCCACCUGCCCCUCUCUCUGAUACAGUGAUACUGGAGUACAGGGAGCCAAUCAGCAAAUAUGCCCGCCGCUUUUUUCACCACCUCCUCAGGCACCAGCGUUUUGAGAAGGCCUUCCUCCUCGCGGUAGAUUUAGAAGACAGAGAUCUGUUCAUG